UGUCAGAUCAGCGCGUGCGCGGACCGAGCUGCAGCGGCGGUAGAGCGGAGGUGGCUAUGGAUCGCGGCCGAACCGAGUUGGAGCAGGUGAACACCAUGCUGUCGCCCGAGGCGGAGCGGGUGCUUCGGUACCUCAUGGAGGUGGAGGAGCUCGCCGAGGAGGUGCUGGCGGACAAACGGCAGAUUGUGGACCUGGAUACCAAAAGGAAUCGGAACCGGGAGGGCCUGAGGGCCCUGCAGAAGGAUCUCAGCCUCUCUGAAGACGUGAUGGUUUGCUUUGGGAAUGUGUUUAUCAGGAUGCCUCACCGUGAGACGAAGGAAAUGAUUGAGAAAGAUCAGGAACAUCUGGAUAAAGAAAUAGAGAGGCUCCGGAAACAACUUAAAGUGAAGGUCAAUCGCCUCUUUGAGGCCCAAGGCAAACCGGAGCUGAAGGGUUUUAACCUGAACCCCCUCAACGAGGAUGAGCUUAAAGCUCUCAAGGUCAUCUUGAAAGGAUGAAAUUUAAGAACCAAAGUGGGGGACCUAAGACCAGCAUCCCCCCGGGAUCAUGGAGGACCUAGAACUCUCCAGCCUUGACACCUGCAAGGACAGGAUCUACUCUGCAAGGGGACAGUGUGAGGAAUCUAGCCAUAGUCCUUGUACGAAGCUUCUUUGUCUGUAGCACUUGGCUAUUUUGUGACGGCAGGAGGGAACCCUCAGCCUGCCAGUAUCUGCCGGGCCUGACCACUGGGGCCGGGUGGACACAAGGCCCAUUGACAGGCCCUGGCAGCCACCGGGAGGUGGGAGGGGGCAGCGCUUGUGGGGGUGUGAGAAUGGCUGCAACAGGCACUUCUCAGCAAUGGCCUGCUAUUGAAAUGGGCCCCGGCAGGGGGAAGAGUGGGAGCUUCAUUCCAGCAUUCCUCUCAGAAAGAGAGAGACACAUUUUCAAGCAGUGUGUGUAGCGGAAUUGGAAUAAAGCAGGAGGCUCAGAGGAGGCUCCUGUCCUGAAUGAAGGACAGAAUCUUGGUGCUUCAUUGUCCGCCGUAGGCAGACACACAGUCCCCCUUCACUGCCUCCAUUUGGGCCCAUCUUCCUGCUUGCCCCCAGGACGGAGCCCGGAGUAGGUGCUGCUUAUCAACCUGCUGCGGCUGCUCUGUAGUCGGGAAGGCCUUGCAGAGUCCUGCACCAGAGGCGGGUGAGGGGCUGCGUCUUACUGUGCUGCACUUGUGCAGGAUGCGCCUCCACCGGCUCUGAAAGCAGGACCCGGGCCAGUGCUGCUGAGAGUUCCCAUCUGCCUUUAGGGUCUGCGAUCCUGAUGUGAAUGUGAAUGUGCCGUGAGGGAUGUCUUUCGUGUGCCUCGAGGGCUCAAUAAACGUUACCUACGUGAAUGAAUA